CAUUAUUCAUGUCGUUUGUGUCUCCAUAUAUUCGCAGUAUCAAAAGUUAAUUUAAUAUAUUUGAAAUGAUAAAGUACACCGUACAGUACCAUAUGAAUAAAAUGAGCUCAAAGUCAAACCCAGACAGACAGAGUAUUUGUAUUUACACAAUGUCGUCUAUUAAUCUCCUCUAUUGUUGUGCAUGCUGAGCUGUUAUUAUUGUGUACUAUAUCUGUCUCUGACAUCAUUAUUAUUGGCCGACAGGGAGGAUCUGCGCGCACCUCCCUUUAAGAUGCGUCUGUCAUCUCUCCGUUAAUGGAAAGUCACUCCGGCUGUUUUCCGCGGUGCAGGAGGUGCAGGGAGAUUUGCUCCAGCUGCCCGAGGAGUAGAAGGAGGGGGGAGGGAAAAAAAUAACACGCACACACUGUGUGGCGCAUUUUGUGUCGGCCGACCAAACCCAGGAAGGAAGGGGAGAGGACGGGCUCCGCCGAAGGGAGACGGAAAUGAGAGGAAACCCUAUCCCUUUAAGAGCAAGUGGGACAUAGCGGUGCGAGAAAAGGAGAGGAGGGGGAGAAGAAAGAGGAAUUAAAAAAGAAAAGGAAGAAAGAGACAGGGAGGGAGGAGGGAGAGCGGGCGAUAAAAAAAGAAAGAUGACAUCCUCGCAGCUGAACGGCCGAGGUGGAGCGAGAGGCUGCGGCCCGGCGAGAGCGCCGCUCGCCGGGGUCAGGGCUUGAAUCCAACGCGAGGCUUCGACAAACACCCGAUUGGCCUAUUGGGGGAAAUCGGGAAAAAUAGAUUCAUAAAUUAAAAACAAAGCAUGUCCUGCUGUGCUACCAGAUACGUCUAUUAUAAUCAAUAUUUGCUCUCUUGCGUACAAAUGCAUUUUAUUUCUCCUGUAGGCUUGGUUUUGUUUCUUGCUAAAAUGUAACAUUGUAAAAUGCGUUUUUAUUGUUUUGUGGAAGCAGUUUUCUUAUGUGCUCUUGCGUUUUAGUCAAAGAAGUGUUGGGUGAAUUAAAGUUAGAAACCAAAGUGAAAUAGAAACAGGCCAUCAUUGGAGCUGGCCUGCGUGCUGCAGCCUGCGUGAGUGCGUGCAUUUUAAUAGACAGCAUUAGGCUACCUCAAUGAGAAAAACAUAUUUUUGCAGACGACUUUAUUCACGUUUUUUCAAGCAAAUCCGAGAGCCCGUCGUUUGUGCUGCAGGAGUGGUAUCCGGUUUUACCCACGAUCACCAGUGGGCAGAUCCAAACCAUGCAAAGCUUUCUCUUCCCGAUCUCUAUCUGGAGCUGACUUUAUAAUCUCCAUCGCUGUGGCGCAAAAUGGAUGCUGCUUGGAACAAUUUUCUCUUCCAGGUAGGCUCGAUGAGCAGGCCUCUGUCUCAGCUCACACUCUCUCUGGCUCUCCCAGUGCAUGUGUGCUUUUGUGUGCUUGUGUGUGUGUGUCCCGCAGCCCCUCACGUGCUGUCUUACACCUGAAGAUAAAGCUGUGACUGGUGUUUACAUUUGGUGAUGGCCUUCUGCUUGCUCCUCCAGAAUACUCCCACCCAAAACCAAGUGGAGGGGAGCCUCCAAUCAGAGCUCAUGCCCGUGCAUACGAGUUCUCCCCAGACCCCACCCACAGAGCACAUAGCUCAGCCUCCUUCAACUGUGGACACUGCUGCUCUCAGUGAGGAACCCCUGCCUGGUGAGGGACACUACACUACACUGUACCUGACACCUGUGGAGCUCCCUGCAGUUCACCUGAGGAGACAGUGCUCCUCUCAUUUGCAGAAUUCAGUCGGUCAGACAGACAGGUGCUCAAGACAAGGUGACUUUUAAUUUGGUGACCUGUAGGUGACAAAACACAAUCAUGGUCAUGGUCAAAUCAUGGUCUUGAAGAAUUGAAUAAUAUGAACUGCUAAAUAUUUAAAACUGAAGCUCAAUCUGUGCUGCUCUGACAUGUAUGGAUACAUACAUUUAUCUGAAUUUAGUUUUUGUUCUUUUCGAUUUUAAGAUGCUCGAUAUUCAAAAUCUACUCAAACAAAAAAAAUUACAGGCAACAAUAUAGCUUCGUUAUCUUUCCUCCAUCAAUCAAUCAAAUCAAACUUUAUUUUUAAAGCACUUUUCAUACAUUGAAUGUAGCACAAAGUAGGAUCUUAAAAAAACAUUGAAAUAAAAUUAAUAAAAAUACAAAUACUAAACCCAACCCACCCUCCCAACCCCCAUUCAACACCUACAGCACUCACACACUUACACAUACAGAUGCACACACAAAGGACUCUUCAACUUGUCACAGAUGACUGAGGAAACUAUCUUGAGUUAAAAUAGAUGAGGAAACACUGGAUCAAGGACUUAAACGAUAGUUAAAGGAUCCUUUUAUUUAAGUAGAAAGUUAAUUAAAUAAAAGUCUUAAGUCUAUAAAUUAAACAAUAAAAGAGAGUGAAUUAAAAAAACAGGUUCUAAAACACAAAAUAAUUACUCCAGGACUAAAAUAGCGUAAAAUCACAUAAUGCAGAUUAAAAGAUUAAAACAAAAUUCAGCUCAAAGCCAGACCAAAAAGGUAGGUUAUGUCAAUUCUAAGCAUUUUUGUGCUGUAAAUUGAUAGUUUUCAUAUACUUUUAAAAGUCCUGAAAGAAUGGAGGUUGGCAUGACAUAAAAACAUCAACUUGUGUCGCCAGUGUGAGACUUAUUAUCUUUAAAGAUUUUAUGGACCAAGAGCUAAAAGAUGACUUAAAUCCAAAAUAGAAUAACUCUUGGCUGCAGGCCUUUAGAUAAUGUUUAUAUUAAAGUCACAAAAAAUAGCCGCUUAAUCUAGAAAAUGAAUUUAAAGAAAUUUGUGUAGCGCAUGUUGGCUACCUUCUUUACAAGAUGAUAAACAGUCUUAAAAAGUCAGUUUUUUGAAGAAAUAAACUAAGAAGAACUUUAUUUAUCCCUGGGGGGAAAUUCGAUGAUAAUAAUAAUAACAGAAGGAGCAACUUUUUUGGUCUGAAUUGAAGAUAUUAUCUACACUAUUCCUCAACUAUUCUCUACAACAAUGUUUUUUAGUUGUAUAUAAAUCUACUGGUCACUUUUUACUUGUAUCAUUUAAUCUGCACAACCCCAGAAUAGAGCUGACUUGGACAUGACUUUUUAUGAGCUCCUAAACCCCCUGUCCUCCAACAUGUUAUAAAUACUCAUGAUAACAUUUCCUCUUCCUGUCUGUCCUCCUGCCUGUGGUGUCCAGUGAAGCCUGUGUCUCGGCCGACCCGCGUGCCCCACAUCUGUGCCAUCUGCAACAAACAGUUCAAGAACAACUACAACCUGCGGCGGCACCAGUCUGUCCACACUGGGGUACGCAUGAAGGACAGGGCCAGAGAGCAGGCGGAGGGGGCAAAGGAGGGAGCAACCGGCCAGGUGGCUGUGGCGGCCCCGUCGGCGAUGGCGGUUGGGGCUGGAGGGAGAGUGGAGAGGCCAACAGUUCCUCUCUCCUUGCUACACCUCUCUGCACCUCCUCUCGCCCCUCCCGGCUUGCUGGCAGGGUCCCAGCAGCCUCCCCUGUGUAGUCAGGAUGGUGACGGGGUGGCCAUGCCAAACGUAAUGGCUAGUGUUAACCCCCACGCUCCGCCUCCUGCUGUUGUCGUUUUGGCCACAGGGGCGACAGUACAGGUGGGUCAGGGCCUCGUGGAGAUGGCUGUCGUCAACCUCGAACUUUCGAGCAUGUCGUUUCUUAAGCUGCCUGGCCACAGGAGGGAAUAGCACUGCCUCCUGUUUGACAGAAAGUCACAUAUGUGAAUUUGACAAAAAGGAAUCUGUUCUGGGACCUGAUAAGUCCAUCCUAGAGUUUGGCACUGGUCCCCAGUUUGAGAAACACAGUGCUAGAAGCCCCCCACGCUCCCCUGCAUGUUCUCUGUAACAUAAAAAGACUUUAAAUUUAGAGUAAAGUAGUUCACCUAACACAUAACAAGCUGUUAGGUAGUAAAGCCAAAACAUCUUUGUUUAUGUGCAUGGUUUAAAAAAGAAAGGUGUUCAAAUAUUUAACUAACUGAUUCAAUGUUUUUAAUGUACAAAACACUUUCCAUCCAUUUAUCUGCAUGUCUUUUUUCCUGACUCAGCGGCCCUCAAACCCCAACCCAAACCCAGUAAGAAAGAAUCAUGCCUGUGAAACGUGUGGAAAGGCUUUCCGUGACGUUUACCACCUCAACCGCCACCGCCUGUCCCACUCGGAUGAGAAACCGUUCUCCUGUCCGAUCUGCCAGCAGCGUUUUAAGAGGAAGGACCGUAUGAGCCACCAUGUACGCUCGCACCAGGGUGGGGUGGAGAAACCCUACAUCUGUCCCCACUGCGGCAAGGCUUUCUCCAGGUGGUGUUUAAACUUAAGCCACAAAUAUUCCCAGUAGUAUUGACCUUUGAUUUGCAAGUAAAAAUAUGAGCGUUACCUUUACUUGACUGUAUCUUUCAUUUUCUGCUAAAGGCCGGAUCAUCUUAACAGUCAUGUCAGACAGGUGCAUUCCUCGGAGCGACCCUUCAAAUGCCCGGUGCGUCAUGGCAACCCUGCUAUCUCCUGACUAAGCAGCUCUCCUUUUGUUGUUCUUUUAUGCUUAUAGUAUGCUUUACCUGCAUUGUGUUCUUUAUGAAAAGGCUCAGGUCUUUCUGCACCUAUCUGUCUUCAGAAGCCUCACUCAAGAUUUCUCUGGCUCUGACAUUGAAAGUAUUACCAUGGCAACAGAUCAGGACAAAACACAUGGGUUUUUGAAAACACAGCAGGUCAUCUCACUGUCACCAUGUGGCUGGCAGUCUUUAUUAUAAUGGAUGUUAUAUGUUAUAUGCUGUAUGCAUAUGCUAUUUUGGUUUACAGUAUUGGUAUUGUACAGUUUUGUACUUUGGUUGAUCAAACAAGUUGUCACAGAGUUGUAACUAGGUUAAUCUUCCGUGUUCUUAAAAAGAUUGCUUUUUUUGCUGUUACAUACUUUUCAAAGAUCCCACAUUGCAGACAUUUUCUUUGAAUUUAAUUAUAGAUCUCUUCUUUUUUUCAGACCUGUGAGUCCAGCUUCGCCACAAAGGAUCGGCUGCGUGCACACAUGAUUCGCCACGAGGAAAAAGUCCCCUGUCACAUCUGCGGCAAGCUCCUGUCUGCCGCUUACAUCACAGAUCACAUGAGGGUGCACAACCAAUCACAGCACCAUGCCUGUCAUCUGUGUAACCGCAGUAAGUGUCAAUGGAAUGAUUUAAUUGUUUAUAAAAUUUCAGGCGCUCUGGGGGGGGGGGUUGUUGGUUCUCAGAAGGCUGGUUUGAAACCAGAUAGACACUGCAGUAGUCAUGGUUUAUUCUUUACUAUCCUCCUUUUACUGUCGUCUUUAACUACUAUUCAGGUAAUGCUGUAAAUGUGGCUCUUUAUGUCCACAUAUAUGACUCAAAGGGAUCAUUCUGGAAAGUUUUCAGGAAGUUUGUACAAGUGUUGGACCACUAAAGUGAAGAUUUAAAGCAACAGUAGUUAGUUACACCUACGGCGUUAAAUCUUUGCUAGUAUACUGGUAUAAUUGAAGUGGGGUUGUAUACCUGUGUACUAAUGUGCAUUGAUAUGUUAAAUGUUUAUUAUUACACUUGUGAUUUGCAUUAGUGUGGAUCUGUGUUUGGCUUGGAGCUGAAUGAACUAGAACAUUUUCACCUCCAAAUGACAGCAUCAUUUUCACACUUUCCUUCUCUUAGGCUUCACAACUCUGACGUAUCUCCGUGUCCACGCCCAGAAGCACCACGGCCAGGAAUGGAAGGACAGUCCUGGGGGCUUUGGUGGUACAGCCAGUGGCGGGAUUCUUGUCUGCCAACUAUGUGGCGUCCAUUGCAAGACCCCCACCCAGCUCCAAGGCCACAUGGGCACCCAUAACAACAAUCAGGGUGCCCCAAGCCCCAUCACCUCUAAUGUGGCUGCCAGCAGCUCUGUCUCCCUUAGCAACAUGGUGACGGCACCUACAGUGUACGUCACAGGUAACACAGUGGUGGAUUUGCUUGUCACAGACUGCUCUAGCAUCGCAGCACCACAGUCCCACAGUUAGCAGGACAGAGCUCAGCAAUAAUAACCUCUGUCUCCUUACAGAGGGUUAGAGAGGGUGAAAGUGACACGUAGAUGCUGAUCCGGUUUCACUUUUGUGAAGACCGCACUUACUAGUAACGUUUGGAUUAAGGGUGAAGGAGAUUAACAGCAGUUAGGGCAGCAUCCCAUUAAAGCUGAAGAGAGAAGGAGCAAACGGAAAAGCUGGAUAAAAAGAGCCUGAAUAUGACAGAAAAGGAGAAACCUUUGAAGCUGCAGACGCAGUAAAGCAAACAUGGAUGUGUUGAGGAAGAAUUCCUAUAGGAAUCUGAGAUAUUGUAAGCAUCUACUGUAUCACUCUCCUCUCUUUGCCCUCUCUGUCCACCCCUCCCUCACCCCUGGCGUCAGCUGCUCUCUGCAAGUGCACCAAGUACUGUAUAUCUCACACCAGCUCUAAUCUUACCUCCAUUUUGCAGCUCUCUCACUAAAAAAAUCCAAAUGGCUUGCGUUAAGCAGAAGUAGGGAGAGGCUAGAUUGAGUAGAAGUUAAGUAACACAUUAGGAAGGGAAGUUGUGUGUUAGCAUGUUAGCAUUAUGAAACUAAAAUCAGCAUUUGAUUUUACAAAGCUGUAAGUUUAAGGGUUAGGACAGGAGGCCAUACAUGUCGUGGUUAGUAUGGAUUCGUUGGAUGUACUUGUUUAGUUGUUUUUUUAAGGUACAGAGAAAGGUAUAGAGUUGCGUUCAGGGGUGUCAAGCACCUUAAAUUGUUAUUGUUGAUUCAGUGAGGACUGAAACAGGUUUGAGAAUUAUUGAGAAGUAUUUCCUCCUCUGAGUCUUCCUCUCUGGGUCCAGCCAUCAUACAUAACAAAAGAAGAAGAAGUAGAAGAAAGAAAAUAUAACUGCAAAUCAGCUCUUCUCCUGGCCUCUGACAUGGCAACUCCUGCACCUGAAAACUUUUUGCAUGAAAGUAAGCUAGCUGAGUCAUGCUUAUUGCUAGAGAGCUGUCACAACAAAAGAAACACUAAGCAGUUCCAAUAUGUUAGUUGGCUGUUAACAAUAAUAUUUAUAAAAGUGUUGAUUUGAUUAAGACAUUGUUGGUCAUUUACCGGAUUGACACAGUGGCCAGUUUCUUCUACAGUAAUGCGAAGGUGGUAGCUGAAGCACUGAUUGAAUACUGUAUUGAUGUGCUUUGCAUGACAGAGAUUAUCUGUGGGUCAUAUUGCUGCUUUAUGAUCAAUCAGCAACUGUGGGGUAAAAAUCUGAGGAGACAAAAGCUCGUACGUCAAAGCAGAAUGAGACAACAAGAGGACUGGUAUAUGACACCAUAGCAGCGUGUGAGCCCGUCACCCUCAGCGUGAUGUCAGAGAAAAAUGGCUGUUGUGUGAAUUUGGUGAAUUCAUUUGAUUGUAACUGUCAUCGCCAUAGUCCUUUUUUUCCGUUUUCUCUAUGUACCCGUCUAAUGAGUGAAAUUUAUACAUUAGAUUUAGUCAUUUAACUCUGUAUAGCACAUCAUGUUCUGAACGCAAGUCAUUAUCGUUCUGCAUUAAUCAUGUGAAAAACGGUCAGUCGCACAUCCGUUGGAUAUUCUAGGUUGUUAUGAGUUGUAUUGUGAGUGACGUGGUGUCCAGAAAGGGCUUACAAAGUCACCAGUCAGGAAUAAUGCAUACAUUUGGAGUCUGAAAACACCACUUGGUUUGCUGUUAACAAAUCCUGGUUUUGUACUGGAGUGCUUUUUCAGUUUUGUGUUGAUAUGUUUCCCUGAAAUUGGUAGAUGUUUGUUUCUUUUGUUUCUUUUCUUUUUUUCUUUGGAGAUGUGUUCUUCCUGUUGAGAAAAGUAGUGAUUUCUUAAAACUGUUAAUUUUAGGUUUUUCUCCAUAACACUAAGAAAAAAAUAAUACCUCUACUUUAGGAUUCUGUACAGCUCUUGUGAUACAUCUUAAUGCCUUAUUGUACUCAACUGCAUUUUAAUUAUUUUAUGAUAAAAUAUUUCAGAUCUUAGUCAUGGAUUCAUUAAGAAUAAUAAUGGGAUGUAUUUAUAUUUAUAUUUUUAUAUUUCUCAACAGUAUGCAUGUCUAAAAGGUUGUUAGAGCAAAAAAAUCAAUGAUGCUUACUGCAGUCAUAAAUAUGUUAUUUUGUAGAUGAAGUAGAAUUCAUGUUAUUUUGUAAUUUGGACAAUUUAAAGUAAAAAGAGUAAAUGGGUGUUACUCGUGUACUGAUCCGUUCCUCAUUUUGCUACAUUGUCGAUUUCAUCACUGAGCAUAUAAAGGGGGCUCUACUGUGCAAAAUAUUGCUCAGCCAUUUUGUCAUCCGUGGUGAUAACACUUAAUAACAAGGGUACACAACACAUGCUUGAGUAAUUCAUAAUUAAUGCAUGACUCAUGGUGAUUUGGUGCAUGAAAUAAUGCAGACUGCACCAUUUACUAAUGCUUCAGUCGUGAGCAUACUUGAUAAGUUCAUGAUUUAAUGAGAGAUUAUUCAUGGUUAAUUUUUAUAUCCUAAAAAGAGUUGACAUUUCAGGGCCAUGCAUUUGAUCAGUCCCCAACACUAUUAACUCUGAUAGAAAUAUUCAGCUAAUGCAAACCUGGCCCCCACACAUGAUUCCAGAGGAUAAAUAAUAAUCACACUUCUGGCUGAUGUGACUUAACAGUAAUACAACUCCUGCACAGCCUCCUAUUUCCCGGCAAACAUUAAAGAAUCAAUUUUUGCCUGAAGAGUUUGUUUUUAAUUCAUUGUAAGAGCCUUCUUUCUACAGGGAAGGACUUCCUGCACAUUCUCAGCACUUAUGACUACACUCAAUAACUCAACAAAAGAAAUACCUUACAAAGCCAAAAAUCAGGACGAUCAAUACAUGCAGUGUUCUCAUAGUGAAGGAUCAGACAUUUUUAUCAGACUUGUUCCUUCUACUUUCAAGAAUACCAGUGUGAGAGGAAUAACACUUACAAGUUACAUCUUAACAGAUUAAACACACGACCCACUGCGUCUUUACUUGAUCCAAAAUAAAAAUGAGUGAGGCAGUAACACGUGAUCAUCUCUGUUUCUCUUCUUGACAAACUUGUAAUGUUGCCCUUCAUCUGUUAUUACUGGCACUAUCUCUGUAGAUGUAAACACAACAAGUUCAGACAUAUUUACUGCAGAUUUUAGAGCAGUACCUGGAGGAACAUGGAAAUGCUCACAUUGGGCGAAGUGCAAUUAAACUUACUUUUUAUCACACUUCUAUAAAACUCUAUGAAACUAA